ACACGCUGGCACACACAUUUGUACACCGAACCCCGUGUGCGCACAUAUAGCGUUCGACGGUGACCACCAAACGCCGCCGCUCACGCUCCCAGACCGCCGGCGUUCGCACCAAUCCCGCCAUGCUCGCGAGGGCCAUUCCGCGGCCGUGCUCCGGCGGCAGCGGCGUCAACGUCCGGUGCCGCCACGACGCACCGGGCACGAGGCCGUGGGUGCCCGGUGGCCUCGCACGCGGAGCUGGCGUCAAGCUCGUCGCGGUGAGGCCGGCGACGACGGUUGUGGCGGCGGCCGCCGGGGAGAGGAGGAGGACGGCGGGGCCGGAGCCGGUGGCCACCGCCGCGGCGGCGGCGGCGGACGGGACGCAGCUCGCCAAUGGGUCGGUCGUCGCAGGUAUCAGCAAGCUUGUGACCUCGACCGUUGGGAAAUCGACAAAUAUCCUGUGGCAUGAGUGCCCCAUAGGGCAGAACGAGAGGCAGAUGUUGCUGAACCAGAAGGGUUGUGUCGUGUGGAUCACGGGACUAAGUGGUUCAGGAAAGAGCACGCUCGCAUGCGCGCUGAGCAGGGAGCUGCACUCCAGAGGGCAUCUGGCAUAUGUUCUUGAUGGGGACAACCUCAGACACGGGUUGAACCGGGAUCUCAGCUUCAAAGCAGAGGACCGUGCUGAAAACAUACGCAGAGUAGGAGAAGUAGCAAAGCUAUUCGCAGAUGCUGGCCUGAUCUGCAUUGCUAGCUUGAUAUCACCUUACAGAAGUGACCGAAGCGCGUGUCGCAAUUUGCUGCCCAAUUCUUCAUUCAUAGAGGUAUUUCUGAAUGCCCCACUUGAGGUAUGCGAAGCAAGGGAUCCGAAGGGGUUGUACAAGCUUGCCCGUGCCGGCAAAAUCAAAGGAUUUACUGGGAUUGAUGAUCCUUAUGAACCACCAUCUGAUUGUGAGAUAGUGAUAGAGUGCAAAAUUGGGGACUGCCCUUCACCUAAAUCAAUGGCUGAUCAAGUAGUGUCAUAUCUCGAAGCAAACGGAUUCUUAGAGGACUAGAGGUGUAUGUCAGUGAUGCCCCUUCAGAAGCAUUGGGUUGCCAAAAAUGGUAGACAUCACACUUCAAGUCCAUAUCAUUCGGUUCACAGAUGGUGCACAGCUUAUGGCCAACUCUGGUGGCAUAUGUUUAUGUUAGAGUCAGCAGUGCAAAAUGUAACGUGUAUAGUUGUACGAUGAAGUGGACUGUUUGACACCAAAACCACAAAUGGUUCAUGAAAAAGGGACCUUCCUGGGGACCGAGGCUCUGCUUGCUUACUAAAGGGUGCUGUCAAG